AAGGCGAUUAUAGAUUUGCUACGAUGAAGAAAGUGAAGAAUGGAACAGAACACAUGGAACUCUAUGUGUCGUACAAGAAUUCCAGUUUUGUUAAGGCUGAAUUUAAUACGCCUUUGCCAAUUAGAGAUUAUCAUAUAGUCGAUGUUUCACAUAAUAGAGUCUUCGUUGCCGCUUCUCACAGUGAAACAGAAGUAAAUCUUUAUAUAUCAGAGGUCAUAAAUCAGCACAUGGCUAGGUUUACACUAUCACUCGAGGGAAUUCUUACGUUUUUCCCGAACAGCACUUGGAAAGACAGUUGGUUAAAUAAUGUAACAGAGGAGUCGUUUACCGACUUGUAUAAAGUGGAAGGUCUUCGGGGUAUUUAUAUAGCAACACAAGUAAAAGGAUCACCGAAGUCAGGAUUCAUCGCAUUGGAACAUUUAGUUUCCUUGAUAACAUUCGAUCAUGGCGCAACGUGGAACCCCAUAAAGCCACCUACUGCGAAUCACGAAGGCUUCUAUAUACACUGCACGAAAGACUGUUCACUGCAUUUGAGCCAACGUUUCAGUCAACUAUAUCCCGUGACGAGAGCAGUAUCUAUUAUGAGCUCGAAGUCAGCUCCGGGUAUUAUAAUGGCUACUGGAGUGAUAGGGCAGAGUCUUAAGGGUCAUCCUGCUCUGUAUGUGUCUAGAGAUGCUGGCCUUACUUGGAAACAGGUUCUCAAGGAUUAUUAUUUCUUCAACAUGGGAGAUCACGGUGGUCUUUUGGUAGCUGUAAAAUAUUUUAAGUCACGCGGAGAAACCAGAGAUAUUUCUUAUUCUAUCGAUGAAGGGGAGACAUGGCAGUCGUAUGAGUUUAAUGAGAAAAUGCUGCGUGUAUAUGGAUUGAUGACCGAACCGGGAGAAAAUACUACAGUUUUCACGAUGUUCGGUUCAGCUAGCGGCCAACACCAAUGGUUGAUAAUUAAGAUUGAUUUGAGAAACGUGUUUGAAAGGGUUUGCACCGAGGAUGAUUUUAAGUUCUGGUCACCGACGAGUCCGGAUCAACCAGCAAUGUCCUGUGUGCUGGGUCGGAAGGAGACUUAUCAAAGAAGAGCAAUGAAAGCUAACUGUUACAUGGGUGUAAAUUAUGAUCGACCAGUAAAGACAGAAGUAUGCUUGUGCGAUUAUAACGACUAUCAAUGCGCUUUCGGCUUUGUGCAAGUUGGAAAUCCUUAUCAAUGUAUUAGAAAUAGAUCCAUAUUUUUUUAUGACCCUUACGCCGUACCAGCUAUUUGCGAACCUGGCUCAUUUUACAAUCGAACGAAGGGUUAUGUAAAAAUAGCCGAUGAUGAAUGUGUAGGUGGCUUAGCUAAAAAUUUCGAGCCAGACCAGAUUCCGUGUCCCAUUGAGGAAAAACCCGCAUUUUUAUUGGUGGCUCAACGCGAUCAUAUUUCACGAAUCGAUUUAGUCGAACCAAAAUUGGAAGUAUUACCUAUUCACGAUCUAAAGAAUGUAAUAACUAUUGAAUUUGACAUGAGAAACAAUUGUCUGUAUUGGGCGGACAUUGUUAACGAUGUUAUAGGUAGACAAUGUUUUAAGGAUGGUAAAAGUUUUCCCGAAAUUUUGCUGGAAACUGAUUUGAGUUCUGUAGAAGGAAUGGCGUUCGACUGGGUGUCUAAUCUUCUAUAUUUUGCUGAUGGCGUUAAGAUGAGAAUUCAAGUGAUUAGGACGGAUGUAUCUAGUAUGGGAAGAAUGCGAAGGACCAUCUUAGGACCAAACAAUCUACAGAAACCUAGAGGAAUAGCGGUACAUCCGAUGAAUGGAUACAUGUUUUGGACUGAUUGGGCUCCAGGAAACGCUUCGGUAUCAAGGGCCAAUCUCGACGGGACAGAUGUGAAGAGACUAUUCGUGGAACCAACUGUCGAAUGGCCAAAUGGAAUAACCAUUGAUCAUAUAGCAGAACGUAUUUACUGGGUGGACGCUAGGCAGGAUUACAUCGGGUCAAGCGACUUUGACGGAAAAAAAUUCAAGAAAGUAAUUUCCAAGAAUGAUAGAGUAUCACAUCCUUUUGCUGUUGCAGUGUUUAAAGACAACAUAUAUUGGGACGACUGGAAGCAGUUCAUGAUAUUUGUUGCAGAUAAAGAUUACGGUCUCGGUAUAUCGACAAUUUUAGGUCAGUUACCUGCUUUAAUGGACCUUAAAGUAUACGCACACAGCAUGCGACAUGGUACCAAUGAUUGUGCCAAUAAUACUUGCUCGCAUAUCUGUGUGGGAGAUCCCCAUGGCGGACACGUUUGCCUUUGUCCCGAUGGAAUGGAAAUGAUGGAGAACAAGUGUAUGUGUCCAGGAGGAAUCACUCCAUUCGCUAAUUCUACAUGUCCCAGAGUGGCCAGUACAUGCGCCUCUAAUCAGUUUGCUUGUGCUAAUGACGUGUGUAUCCCAGCAUCGUGGCGGUGUGAUCGAGAUAACGAUUGCGGUGAUAAUUCGGACGAAAUUGAUUGUACUCCUAUGCCAACUUGCUCCCCAGACUUUGAAUGUGGUGACAACAAAUGCAUCUCUAAGUAUUGGGUCUGUGACUUUGACCAGGAUUGCAAGGAUGGCAGGGAUGAGAUGAACUGCAAAUAUCCGCAAUGUAGGGAGACGCAGUUCAGGUGUGAUAAUGGUAGGUGUAUAUCAAAUAAAUGGCUAUGCGAUGACGAAGAUGACUGCCGAGACGGAUCUGAUGAGAGGGACUGUGCUAAGAAGGUAUUUGUCACCACGUGCAAGACUGAUGAAUUUUUCUGUAAGACGGAUAGAACUUGUAUACCAGCCAGUUGGAAAUGUGAUGGGGAACCAGAUUGCGAAGACGGUUGGGACGAGGUUGAUUGCAGCGAGAUGGUCUGCGAAAGUUGGCAGUUCACAUGUAGUUUGUCAAAAGUUAAACUUCGUUGUAUAUAUAGUACAUGGGUUUGCGAUGGGGAUAAGGACUGUGCUGAUGGAUCUGACGAAGCAAAUUGCACUACUACUGUACCGUCGACGUCAUUGGUUACUUUCCUACCCAACAGCCCCUGCAAUAACUGGAUGUUCAUGUGUAACAACAAGAGAUGUGUGCCUUAUUGGUGGAAAUGUGACAGCGUGAACGACUGCGAGGAUGAUUCGGACGAGAUGGGCUGUGGCAAUGAAGACGAAGAAUGGGGCGUUAUGUAUCCCACGCUAGAAUCAAAGGUAUGCCGAGAACAUCAGUUUCAGUGCUUGAAUGGCGACUGUAUACAAAAUUCAUGGGUUUGCGAUGGUUCCAAUGAUUGUCUUUCUGGCGAAGAUGAGAUGCACUGUACAUAUCUUCAUUGUAAACUAGAGCAGUACACGUGCCGUAUGGAUGUCGCUUGCAUUCCCAUAGAAAAUGUCUGUAAUGGCGUGGAGGAUUGUCCGGAUGGUACCGAUGAGUUAGGAUGCUCAGGAGAGCAACAGUCCAGUCCGGUAGCUACACCAUCCUGUUCUCCGGGUUCAUUCGCUUGUGAUGAGAUACGAUGUCUCCCUCUAGUACUGCAAUGUGAUGGCAAACGAGAUUGCGUGGAUGGCUUCGACGAGAGUAAUAAUUGCGCCAACAGUUCACGCGUUUAUCAGGUGCUUAUAAUAGAAGUGGACGAGAGAUCUGGCAAUGCUACUAGUUUAUUCUUCUAUUGGUGGAUACCUAUACCAAACAAUAUCACCUUCGAGUUCCUACCUUCAAUAGCGUAUGCUACACCUGGAGCUAACUGGACCAAUGCCACCAAGUGGAUCGAAGAUAUGGAUUGCCAAUUUAAUAACCUUAAGCCAUACACUCGUUAUAAUAUGACAGUCUACGUUAGGAUAAAAGGCCAGACUACUGUAUUUCCACCAGCUAAGUAUUUGAUUGUUACAACAGAUGAAGGUAUUCCUUCAGAGCCAAGGAACGUGACCGUGACUCAGAAAAAUGGAACUAGGGUGGAGGUUACUUGGCAACCUCCUCUGAAUCCAAAUGGAGUCAUUAGACUUUACGAAGUAUUCGUGGCGCCACCUCAUCCGCCGAUACGUUUCAUUAGGAAAAAUACUUCUGUCAUUUUAGAUAUGUCAUUCGAAGCAGGAAAGAAUUAUUCGUUUUGGGUAAUAGCAAAGAAUACACAACAGGAAUCUGCCUCGUCCAAUGUGGCUACCUUGACCUUUGAUGGGUCGGCUAAUAUCGAUAACAUUGAGGACCUUAAAGUGGUAGCCACAACUAAUUACUCAGUGACCUUACGGUGGAAGAAGAUGGAAAACGCGGAUUGCUAUCUCAUUAGUCCAAAAGGUCCAGCGACAUAUCCUGCAAUGUCGAUGAUAAUUAUAUUGCCGAAUCAUGUGCAAGUAAUACGGCUAGCUCCAGGAACUAAGUAUACUUUUUAUGUCGCCGCCAUGAAUGAUAAGUACGUAGGAAAAAGUGCGUCCAUUACUGCAACCACGGAAGGCACCCCUCUGCCUCCUGUAACGAAAUUAGUCGCUAAAGUAUCGAAACCGCACGGAACCUCAGUACAUCUCUCUUGGGAGCCGCCUAAGAGUACUAGGAAAAUUAAAUGGCAAUAUGCAAUUUAUUACGCCGUAAACAUAGUAAUGCUUUUUAGAAGUUACAAAUUUCGGACGUCAAACUUGUCGACAACUAUCAAGGAUUUAGAAGCCUGUGAGUCUUACGUGUUCGCUGUGGGUGUGAAUGGUGAUUAUGGUGCUGGGCCACUAAUAACAGCUAGGGCAUUUACACAUUUUAAUCAACGUGCUCCACCAAAGAAAGUGAAAGUCAUUUCAUUAGAGAAACGUAAUACCAUAAUCAUUUCUUGGAGUGCUAGUUGUCCUAAUAUCGAUGAGCCUAUUAGAUACACGAUUACUGUGAUAGAAUUGGUGCGCAAGAAAUAUUUCGUAGCGACCCUACCACCAACUAACGAAACCAUUAUGAACCAUGCAUUUACCUCGGUAAAAUAUGGCGGCAAGUAUCGAAUUACGAUAUCCACAGACGUUGACGAUGCUAUACCAAGUCAACCGGUGUUCUACAUGGCACCGGGUAUUGAACCUCCCCAUCAGGUAAAGGUACUUCACGAGGAACAGGGAUUCGUUGUUUUCUGGCAAGAACAUGAUUUACCAGAUACUCUAAAAUCUACUAAGUAUCAUUAUGAGGUUUUGGUGGUAGAAGGACUAAAUGUGAUGAACGAAUCGAUUGCCAAGGUUUAUAAAACUGAUCAACCACCGUACACGUAUAAAGAUGUGAAACCAGGUGUUGUUUAUUCAUUUGCCAUUCGCUUGGUCACUGAUGAAGGUUUUCAGAGUCCUCUGAGCGAGGUUUUCAGCACCUUAUAUAGUGCAGAAAUGUCGGCAUUGCCAGUGAUGAGUACCUCGAACAUCCUUCCUUUUGCGAUACCGAUUUGUUUGUUGAUCGUCGUCUUAGGAAUUGCGUUAGUAUACUUCGUCAUCAGGCACAGGAGAUUAACCACUAGUUUCACACAGUUCGCUAAUAGUCAUUACGAUACUAGACGUGGACAGGCAACUUUCCCGGGUACUACAGAUGGUUUAGAAGAAGAAGACAGUCCCGUGAUCCGAGGUUUUUCUGACGACGAGCCGUUAGUAAUAGCAUAAGCUUGCAAAAAGUAUGAUACACAACCCGAAACGUUUACACCAUGAAGUAUGCACAGAAAGACAGGUAAGAGACGAGACCUGAUCAUAAAAGUGGGAAGCUUUUAUGAAAGUGGCUCAAGACUGACAUAUACACACAUAUAUACACACAUAUGUAUACAUGAUUAUAAUCGUAGGAAGUUCAUCAAGAUUGAUCAAAUGGGCUGUUCAGAGCACUUACAUGAAAGCUUUGCAAUGAUGGUGUGAGAAAAAGACAAGAAUUCAAAUCACUCUAUUUUAUAGAGUACUAAUUACAUACGUGUACAUGUUAUAUACAUAGAUUCAAUUAAGUAUACGAAUGAUUAAGUUUACGUUAUACAGGCUGGUCGUAAGAGGCAGGUGGAUACUUUUGUUUGUUUAAUAUAUCUAUAUGGAAGUAGGAUGAAAGGAAGUGAGAGAAAGAGAUGAGAAAAAGGAUGAAAAAAUGAAAGAAUUUGUACAUAUCGUAAAUAUUUUAUACGAACAGCCCAACACCUUUUAGCUUUUUCGAGAGAUGCCAUACCUGACGUUAACUAUUAAAUUUGUACUAUAUGAGAUAAAAUAGUUUCAUUAUCUGAUAAAUUCUUUAACUAUUUGUUGGUUUAUUUUUCAAAUAGUAUGUCAUCGUAUAAACCUCGUUUGUCCCAAUGUAAAGUUUCAUUGUCGCUUUUUCACAGCCGAUAUAAUAACUUUGUCCCAUUAUAUAAUAACUACAACAAAAACGACGCUGCACUUAAAAAUUGUGUUCAACAAAUACUUGUUUUGUAAUAAAUUCUUUCUCUUCU